CGGGCAUCGCGAGAGCGUACAUACAUUGUCGUCCAUGACGUGAUGCUCGCGAAGGAGAUAUGAUGAUAGCGAUCACAUGGCAGCCGGAUAUGUCCCUCGCAAUGUCAUCUACUACCCGGAAUACUGCCACAGAGCAGCUCCCACCUUUUUCACCUGGGUGAAGCUCGGCGUCGCAGAUGUCCACCGAUUAACGCAACCAAGAGGGUUUGAGGGACAGGGAAUCUACUUCUACAACAACCUUCCCGUUCAAUACAUCUGCCUCGCAGGCGUCAUCGUUUCGCGCGAUGAUCACGACCGCCGAACCAUCCUCGUCCUCGACGAUAGCACAGGCUACACCAUCGAAGUGGUCUGCUCCAAAGCACCACCGUCAACAUCAUCAUUGUCAUCUGUUUCUGCUCCCGCAUCUACAGUCACCAACAGAACCGGAUCGUCCCUACCAUCACUCCAGAACAUUGCGGAGACAGACCCAGGAAUCACCCACAUAGCAUCAAACUCCCGCUCACCCAUCGACAUCUCCCCGCUCCAACCUGGAGCCGUCGCAAAAUUCAAGGGCACAAUCACCCGCUUCCGCGGCAUGCUCCAGCUACAUCUCGAGCGCUACACCCUUCUUGAUGAUACCAACGCUGAAGUGCGGUUCUGGGAAGAGAAAACGAGGUAUUUCGUCCAGGUAUUGUCAGUUCCGUGGGUCCUGUCGGCCGAGGAGAUGGGGGACCUGCGGGCAGAGCAUCUGCGUGAGGAAGAGAUGAGACGAAAGAAGAAGAAAGACAAGCAGGCAAGGGAAGAGAUGAAACGAAAGAGGAAGAAAGCGAAACAAGCGAAGGAAGAUAAGAGACAGAGUAAACCGUUGGAAGAGGAGAGGGAUAGGGCGAAGAUCGCUAAUAUGUAUGCGAGGGACGAUAGGUUGAGACGUAAGUAUGCUGAAACGUGUCGAGAGGAUAAUCAGGUCUUUAUGGAUGGAAGGGCAAGAAGAUGAUAGUUAUAUAUCUACUCCGUAGCAUCCAUGGCAACUGUUUCAGA